CGAUUGUUAUCGUCUCUGCUGUUACUACGGCUUUGAUCAUCGCGAGUUUGGUUGUGGUUGUUGCUGUUGCGCCGAGGGCUUUUGAGAGGUGAAUAGGAUGCUAUGGUUAUACGGGUUGUGUGUUGCUGCAGAUGGUCCUGCAAUGUCACGCCAAGGAGCUCACUGCACCUUAAGUGGUCUUGCCUACUACAGCCUCAACACAUUUCACGCCUACAAGCUCACGCAUCCUGGUGUGGAGAAGCAUCGCUGGCUGAAGGCAAUCGGAUUUCAGAGCGCAGCCAACCUCGAUUCUCUCUACGUCACGACCAAUUUGGACGGAAUACUUAAAGCUGCAGCGGUAUAAGUCCAAAAGGACGAAGCGCUGCGGCGAGUCCUGGAUCAAGGACGGAGAACAAGUUGCGGAUCAUCAAGGACCGAUGCAGCGGCAUCGGCUGGACUGUGGGCUCGGAUUCUACUUGAUGAAGGUGCAUUCUGCACGUCAACCAUCAGCACAACGAAAAUCAUCCCGAAAUCGAUGAGGAUGAAGCUCCACCGAAGAAGAAAACCAGGCCAGCGCCAAAAUUUCGGACAAGGACAACAAAGUCAGCUCAAGUUCUGCACAACGCAAUCCUGCUCGCUCUUCGAAUUUGGUUUGCUCGACUCUGCAUUGUGGAUGGCUCAGAUCCGGGACAGCAGUCUGCGCGAGCUUUUGCGACAUGAUGGCUGUUCUACUGAAAUCAACCUGCGACUCGAGGUCGGCUUGCGAGGGCUGAUACGAUACUGAGCUUUUUGCAACAAUUCGAAAGCUCUCUCAUUGCUUGCUUUGCAAACUCAUCGACAAGACCUUCAAUGGACUUAUCAGAAGAAUCGACCAAAGCGUUGGUUCAUAUCGCAAUAGUCAGAGGCAAUUGCUUGAUUCGUCUACAUAGGUACUCUUCUGUGCAUCGGCUUC